AUGGAAAAUACUUUCACAACUACAACGACGACGACAACAACAGAAGCUACUACAACCAAAACGACAACAACUUCGCCAACUACAACAACGACGAGUACAACAACAACUACAACAACAACAGAAGCUACCACAACUUCCACAUCAAAAACGACAACAACGACACAAGCGACAAGUACAACGACUACGACAACGGAGGCUACAACAACUACGACGACAACAACAACAACGACAACAACCUCGUCCUCUUCCCCAACAUGUCCGCCCCUGACUUCUAGCUUCGGAUUAACAAACGGUUCUUGGAGCUGUGAUGGAAAUGAAGAAGAUGACAACUGUCGAUGGAUUUGCGACUAUGGAAUCCCCACUGGAGCUCGUUCAAAAUGCCUCGCUGAAAAAACAGGCGACUGGAAAGCUCCGAGCGAUAAAGUAAAGGCUAAAGCUGACUGCUCGCUCUGUGAAGAAGUUGGACCCGAUUUGACACCUACCGAUGGAACUUGGACCUGUCAAAACAAGAAGGCAAAACGAAUUUGCCAGUUAAACUGCCCAGACCGAAAACGAGCUGUUUUCGCAGAGUGCAUCGUUGCUAAGAACCAAGCAUUCGCGAUCAACACGAAGAUUUCGCAAGAAGAAAAUACAUGCGAGCCGGUGGUCGGACCUUGUGACGUCUCCCUUGUCACGGAAAACGCACCCGACAACGCUAAAUGGAAUGGCAUCGACUUCUCGGCUGCAUUUGACUUCUCGCAGACAAGCUCUGAUCCAAAGAUCGUUCUUUGGGGAAGACGAAAGUGCAACUCUGGCGACGGCUUCCACCCCAAGACUCAAAUCAUGUGCAAAAUUACUAAAAAGGGAGCAAAAUGGAUUUUCAAGGGCAACGCGCAGAAAAACUGUUGA